UGGAAUUUGUGAAUGUGCGCAAAAUGACUAAAAAGACAUCUUGAGACUGGCAAGUAGUCAUUGGCGGAUCAUAAAAAAGAAAAACACAAAAAACGUGAAUACUUUAGAAAUUUCGAAAGCCAACGGCAAAAAAACAAAAAAACCUCUUUUUCGUGGCAAAUACGGGCCAAACACUUUCAAGUGGUGGAAAUUAGGACUAGAAAAACAAGUUAAUUAGCGAAGCUGAGGCAAAGAUGAGGUGUACGAAAAGGCAAAAAAUACACGCAGCGGUGGUAAUUGAAUAGAAACGCAUAAGUAGAGUGAAGAGCAAGAAGAAAGUCUAGCAUACAAAAUAAGAAAUUCCAAGGCAAAACAGCGACGGAAUUUUAAAAGGAAAUUCCACAACAUUGCAAGUUGAAAAAAAUAAAUAAAUAAACCCGAGCUGAGCGAAACACAGCAAAAACUUUUAAGGUAGAUUUUGCAUGCUGGUCAUUUCCAUUUUUGUUGUAAUUGUUGCUGACUGGUGGCGCACAUUGUUGCUUCAUUAGAGCGUGGCAAGUGUUGUGAAACAUGCAAAACAAGCAAUUGCUUGCAGAAUACAAGCGCAGCGCUAACAGAAAAGUGCUACAAACAACAUAAGAUAACAACAACAACAGGAAGAGCAGCAGCAGCAAAGAUAGCGCUAGAUACACGACAGCAUAUCCUUUGUAAGUUGGGUACAAGUUGUGACGUUGCAAAUUAAAUUAUAACUUCCGAAUACAGUAGCAACAGCAUCAAGAGCAACAACCAACCAACAACGACGAGUUUUCUGCAGCGCGAGCGGAAAGUAAAACAAAAACAAAAACAAAAAAACACAAGGGUAAGGGAAAGAAAUAUUGCACAAAACAAGUAUGGUUAGUGUGCCACCAUAAAACCUAAAUAAUACUUUCAGUACGAAUAAAUCGUCGAACAAUAACAACCCAACCCAAAGUAAAAUUUCCACAAUUUUCGCAAAAAUGGAUUUCUUAAAAUUACAACGAUCAACGACGCUAUCCGUGACGGCGCUACGCUACAAUAAAGCUAAAAUUGGUAAAACAACAACAGCGCAAGUUUGCGCUUCCACAACGGUAAUGAACAAAUGCACACCUGCAGCCACAACAACAGCAACAAGAAUAUGUAGUUCAUUGCCAGUGAUAUGUGAAACUGCAUCGUUAACGCUUCCUACACCAAGAAAAGCAACACCAAUCACCCACAUAAGCAGAAAAAGCACCCGCAGCAGCAGUAGCAGCGGCAAAGAUAGCAACACAAAUGCUGCGCAAUCGCCGCCUCAACUACUGUUAGCUUCUGGUUUGAGCAGUUGGCGCAGUUGGCGUAGCUGCAUCGUUGGCCUUGUCACUCUGUUGGUAUUUACAGCGAAUUUUAGCAUAAGCGCCGGCCAAAUCGAUUGGGAUGAUGACGAUGAUCCAGCUGCAAGUCAAAAUGGCAUACUGUGAUUGCCACCGCUGUCAAUUUACAUGAUUUACAUGCAUGAUUUUUAGGCCAGUGGGGAACACAAACGCGCACACUGGUAAAAUGUUGUGUCAGAGGAAGCUGGAAAAGUGUUAAAGUCGUACUAAUGUCGCUAAAAACAAACACAGACAUGUGGAAAAUAACAAUAAGAGGCAACAUGUCACUUGUAAUAAUGCCAUGAAAUAUUAUUUUUGGUGCCACAACCUUCACCAAAAUUCCAUUUAAUUCAAAUUACGUAUACGCCGCGCCC